AUGGAAUAUUGCGCGAUUCCAGGAAAGGCUGUGCUGGAGGACCCAUCCUUCUUUCCUCCGCCCCCAGACGAUUUACUCUCCCUUUCAUGCAGGAAAUUUCAGGAAUUUUCCUCCUUACCUCCGCCAAAGAGUCCUGUCUUCACUGACAUCGAUACUUCCAAGUCUCAGAGUGGUCGAAACGAGUCGUCACAUAUGGAAAGGCCUUCUGUUCAACACAGUCGUCAUGGCUUCGAACCUGAUUAUUUUUACUACCGUUCCAGUCAUCAACAUUCACGAUAUGGCUUUGAGAACAGAGCCAACGUGCCAGACAUAUUCGCCUUCCGAGGCGAUGGCGUACUCCCAGUAUCAGAAACGCACAAGGCAGAGAAGCCAAUCAGUCCACAGGUCGUUUGCGGAAGUAACGCCACAGCAAGCAUCCGUGAACUUCUCCAUGGCAGUUCACUGCUCAAUUUGAACAAGCUUUUGAGGCAGUCCGAGACAUUGUGUUUCGAUGAAGAUGAGGAGCUGGGUUCCAGUUCCACCUUAAUGUCCUCACCGACUGACAGUCUGGAGGAGCAAAGGAAUGAUUCUCCAACUCCUAAGGCUCAGUGGAUGUCUUCGGGCUCCUUUGAUAGGCAUUAUCCACAGCCUCCUGUGCUUAACCAUUCUCGCAGCUCCAGAGGCACCCAGUUUUCGGGGCCGCAAGCCGAAAUAGAGAGAUCUCUAUGCGACAGGGAGGUCCAAACCCUAAAAGAGGACGCAGAAUCCGUUUGUGUCAAUCCACCUUCAGACGACAUGGACGUAAACGCACUUUUAACGGUAAGUAAUGACCUCAGUAGUUGUCGGAGACCUUCAUAGCACAUAAACCUCUUUCCCCCUCCUUUUUAUUAAGGGUCAAGAAAGAGAAGCCCAUCCUACUUUUCUUGAUAAAUCAUACCUGUAUUAGGAUAAAGACGAGGGCCAGUGUUUUCCAUACGGUAUGGUUGCUGGUCAACAUGAAGGUCGGAUCAGGGUACGGUAAACGUUAUUUAGACUGCGUAUCCAUAACAAAUACUGCACAGUGGGGCUGUGGUGGCACACCUAGGCGCCGACUCGCGCCGCGCCAGUCACCCACGGCUACCAGGCUCGGACAGCGGACUGGUGCCUGGAGUAAGGAAGAGAGAAUGAGGCCGACUUUGAGAACUGCAUCCCCGUGGCGCUCAUCGUAUAUCCCUCACUAAUAAACAAUCUGAAACCCUUAACCAUCCCGGUGCGCCAGGGGCUGCAGCUUGGAGGACUGGCAGCUGACGGAAUAACUCGGUCCUGCUCUCAGGACAGAGAGUCAGACUGUAAUGGCUCCUUCUGUAUGCGGCCUCUAGAGCAUCACCGCUCAGAUGGGAUCUGAGCUGCCGCCUUGUUAUCUGUGAAACCCGGGUCCAUCGUUCGAGGGCCAGGCGUGCCUGGCACAUGUAUGUGGGCAUUCACACAAUGCUGCUUCCGGUCUUAAGGACUUUGUCUUGGCAUCGAGCCCAGGUGGAUGAGGGAGGAGAAGGUGCGGUAGAUGCAACAAAAGUCUACUAUAACUACAAACAACUUCAAGCCCAGAACUAGCUUUCGACCGACGCUUUAUGGACAUGACACUCAGGUCAUUUCUCACUCAACACGUCUUAUUUCCCGAGAGGGUGUGUAAGGGGCAGCAGUCAAACUGCUUGGACCUGGUGCACACGAAGUCACCGGACAGCAUAAAUGGUGUGCAAUGUCUGCCUCCCCUAGGUCGAAGCGAACACGCCAUUCUUCACUGGAAUUAUUCAAUCUUUUGCGUAGAAUGUUAUUACCGACAAAGGGAAGGGAAUCUGGAAUGGCCAUUUCUGGCUUAUUAGCCGUCGUCAGCCAGUCAUACCCAACCCCGAAUUGUGAAACACCCGAUGCUCGAACUCAGGGCCUGUUAGGUAGAAGUCCAACGCCCCUAACCACUGUACCACGGGCCAGUUGUCCUGUUGUUUUCGAUCGGGAAUAUACAAUGGUAGUGGGUGGCGCUCAUCGAUCAUUUCUACUUAACUCACUCGUCCCGUUGUCUUUUACGAGCUCUCUCUCGAGCCCAACCAGCAGCCGCACAGCGGCGCAAGAUAUAACUUAAUAGCAUUCUGCCUAUAUCAUGCGCCGCUGUGCGGCUGCUGAUUAGGAUCGAGAGAGUGCCCGUAAGAUACAACGGAAUGAGCGAGUUCCAUAGAAACGAUCGGUGAGCGCUCCCCUUUACCUAUCUUUUCCGUGCCUGAACAGCCCACCAGAAUUAGAAGAAAUAUUUAGCGUGGGACUUCGAGCAUAUGUAGGCCAAAAUCAGCAGUAUACACUGGGAAUCAGCUUUUUCCGGGAAUAUAGAGGAGGAUUGGAAAUGGUUCAGUGAGUUAUUGCAUAUUCUCCUGACAAACCACUGUCCGCCCCCACGGAAGAGGCUAGAGAGUCGACGCCGUUGUCUGACUCAGGCGUUAAAAAAGGAAGAAACUAAAAAGCAGCGAUUGUGGCAGAAAUCUCCGACUGAUCGCAAACCUGUGUCCAUAAACGCAUGCAAAGCACAGAGGAACUUAGUCAAAUGACUCACCCUCAGUAAACGGCAACAUUUUGAAAAGGACCUACUGAAUCGUACUGUGAAAAAUUCGAAAUUAUUCUACAGUUACGUAAGAAGCAGCAAGCAAAAUAGAGAUCCUGUCCCCCUUCUAAAGACAAACGGAGACCUAGAGAUUAGUGAGGAUGGAGCAGAAGCUGAACACAUUCGACAACUUUUUAAAUCCAUCUUGACGAGUGAAAACGCAUUUACUCCUCCCCACUACGACUUCGAUGACGGUCCAAAAAUUGAGGCUGUAUCUUUUGAUGAAGCGACUGUUCGCAAAGAACUAAUGACGCUAAGUGAGUCGAAAUCAUCAGGUCCAGACGAUAUACAGUCUAAGUUACUGAAGGAGCUCGCUGCUGAACUAACCAGACCACUGUCAUGCUUUUUCAAGCCUCGUUCGAAGCCGGUUGUUUACCCGCCAACUGAAAAUCUGCAUGAAUCACACCGCAACAAGGCCUCUGCAAACAAUUACAGACCAGUUAGCCUCACCUCCAUCUGCUGCAAAAUCAUGGAUAAAAUAAUUAAGCGAGAGCUAAUGCGCUCCCUAGAGCAGCAUAAUCUAUUAACUGAUGCGCAGCAUGAGUUCCGUAGUGGCAGAAUUUGCGUGACAAACUCGCUAUACCGGUCGCAUCGUUGGACUCGGGCAGUUGAUGAAGGCAAUGCGCUGCAUGUAGUCUAUAUCGACUUUAAAAAGGCAUUUGGUAGUGUUCAACAUCAGUGAAUCCUGCAAAAACUGAGCCGAACAUGUGUUUGGGAUAAUCUCUUAAAAUGGGUUCAAAGCUUCCCGUUUGAUCGUUCUCAAACUGCCCAUGUUGAUGGCCAGCAGUCGACGGAGGUUGCCGUUGAAAGCAGUGUUCCCCAAGGCUCAGUUCGUGGUCCUACUCUGCUCAUGAUUUAUGUCAACGAUUGCCUUAGUGAACUGGAUUGUGGUGUCACCAUGUUCGCGGUUGAUAUUAAGCUCUGGGGCGUCACUCCAACUGCAGAUGACGAAGAGCAUAUACAGGCGAACCUAAACCGACUCCAACAGUGGUCAAAGGACUGA